AGGUCGCAAGUGCUUGUGGGCAGUGAGAUUUUUGAAUAGGGAAGAUGGCAGCCGCGGCAGUGGUGGAGUUUCAGAGAGCUCAAUCUCUCAUUAGCACAGACAGAAACGCUUCUAUUGACAUUUUACAUUCAAUAGUGAGACGGGAUGUCCAGGAGGAUGAUGAAGAGGCGGUUCGUGUCAAGGAGCAAAGCAUCCUGGAGCUGGGCACUCUCCUGGCCAAGACAGGACAAGCUGCAGAGCUUGGAGGCCUGCUGAAGUUUGUGAGGCCUUUCCUGAUCUCCAUAAGCAAGGCAAAGGCAGCACGGUUGGUGCGCUCGCUCCUGGAUCUAUUUCUGGACAUGGAGGCAGCCACGGGCCAGGAGGUUGAGCUGUGUCUGGAAUGCAUUGAAUGGGCUAAAGCUGAGAAGAGAACCUUCCUCAGACAGGCCCUAGAGGCUCGACUCAUUUCACUCUAUUUUGACACCAAGAGAUACCAGGAAGCCCUUCAUCUAGGCACCCAGUUGCUGCAGGAGCUGAAGAAGAUGGAUGAUAAAGCUCUACUGGUGGAAGUCCAGCUGCUAGAGAGUAAAACCUACCACGCUCUCAGCAACCUUCCCAAAGCCAGGGCUGCCCUCACCUCAGCCAGGACCACCGCCAAUGCCAUUUACUGUCCCCCAAAGCUCCAGGCAGCUCUUGAUAUGCAGUCAGGUAUCAUCCAUGCAGCUGAGGAAAAAGAUUGUAAAACUGCCUAUUCUUACUUCUUCGAGGCUUUCGAGGGCUACGAUUCCAUUGACAGCCCCAAGGCAGUCACUGCACUGAAAUACAUGCUUCUCUGCAAGAUCAUGCUCAGCUUGCCAGAGGAGGUACAGGCCUUGAUCAGUGGCAAACUGGCUCUGCGAUAUGCGGGGCGACAGACCGAUGCACUGAGAUGUAUAGCACAAGCCAGCAAGAACAGAUCAUUAGCAGAUUUUGAAAAGGCCCUGACAGAGUACACUAAAGAGCUGAGGGACGACCCCAUCAUCAGUACGCAUUUGACCAAGCUUUACGACAAUUUGCUGGAACAGAACCUCAUUCGGGUCAUUGAGCCUUUUUCCAGAGUACAGAUUACACAUAUAGCUGGUCUCAUCAAACUCUCAAAGGAUGAUGUUGAGAGGAAACUGUCACAAAUGAUCCUGGACAAAAAGUUUCAUGGAAUCCUUGACCAAGGUGAAGGAGUGCUCAUCAUAUUUGAGGAGCCGCCUGUGGACAAGACUUACGAGGCAGCUCUAGAAACCAUACAGAACAUGAGCAAAGUUGUGGAUUCACUGUACAACAAGGCUAAGAAGUUAACAUAGAAUAAACGUCAGAAGCUGCUACUGUGUGAAAUGGUUGUAUGCGUGUGAGUUUGCCCGUGUGUAUGCGUGUAUGGCCAACAUGUGGAACUUUUUUUUCACAGCAAAAAGGGACAACAUUGAGCAAGAUCUACUUGUUCCCCAGUUGAGAGUUUUUAAUGUUUCUUUUCUUUCAAAUGGACAAUUUCAUCUUUCUGAUCUUCUGACCUUUUUGUUGUUCUUCUCUGUAUCUCUCAACGGCCAACACAGGCCAUCAGGGAAUGUUGUACAACUACAAUAAAAUCCUAAAAUGUCAUGUAGAAAUGUAUAGCUCUUCUACAUUUAAAGUUUUUUAAUUACAGCAACUUUGUGAUACAGAGACUCCUGGUUUCGGUUGUCGGCGGUUCAUCGGUUGUUUGCUGUAGUGCAUAUCUUUUUUUCUCAUUUUAUGGACGCACAUUAUCUGAUUGUUGUAGGUAAGAGAUUCAAAGGAACUUGCCUGUAAUAAAGAGGCUCUGUAAUAAGCACAGUUGCCAAUCAUAUUACCACACACACUCACUAGAAAAUUUAGUAUGAUCAAGGGUAUUGUUUGCUGUUUACUUUUACAGUAUACCUGCCGUCUUUACGGUUUUGUAUUUACAGUGUACUGUUUGCCAAGUUAGGUUGGUUAUAUUAAAUGGCCCAAUCGUACAAAGGUUUUAGUCAUCUUUGAUUAAAAGAUAAUUUUCCCACUGUACUGAAGUUUAUUCUUGUAUCGUUCAUUAAUUUUUCCCCUGAUCAGUAUCUCGAUGCAAACUCCAUUUCUAGUUUGCCAGCAAUAGACCAUUAUAUAUAAGUUAAAUACUCAUAUUAUUUUAAAAUUCAAUGUUUUGUACUUUUUUUUUAUCUUAUCGAUUUUCUUGUAAAUGUAUAAUUUCACACAUCCUUUGCAAAAAAAAUUAUUUAUGUUCUCAUUUAUUCUGUUUAGUGUGGAAUUAUAAAAGUUCUUAUGGGAGAAUGGUGUUUUUAAAAGACUUUUUAAAGUCCAGUGUUGAUUUGAGAGCUUCCUGCAUGUGAUUGUGAUUGAUUUGUAGUGGCGAUCUAGCUUUGAACAGUCGAAAAUUUAGUGAGAGAAUAAACACUUUGGAAAGUAAUGUUUUUUUUUUUUGGGUCACAAAUGUCCAUUAUCAAAGCUCAACAUUUCAACCAUCGAAAUCUUGGUAUAGGCAUAUUACAGUUUGAGGAAAGUGACUGUUUUAUUUUUGUAUGAGUUGGCCUGUUCACUAAUUAAAGUGUUUUGAUUACAUUA